AUGUCGACUCUUCUGCCCUUCCGAGAUAAACGGCUAUCUUCAGUGCCCGCCGGAGCUUCCAUAUACCACCACGAUCCUCUUCUAUACGUGGAACGUCAGUCAAAACACAUCCAGAGUAACCUCCAGAUCUUGAUCGAUGCGCAAAGUGAGGGCCUCCUCUCUGGUCUGGCUCGGCCCCAGCCAGACGAUACUUCGGACGGAAGCUUCACACCUACUUCUUCGAGAGCUAGCCAAGCUCGAUCUCCCCGCACGAUCCCUGCUAAAAAGUCUCCUACGAAAAAGAUAGGGCUUCGGGCGGCACGGCAGGGUAUUUUCCAAUCCAUAUAUGACCUAUUGAAGCUGCGAGAGGAGGAACGAGAGAUACUCUCGUCACAGACCGAUGAACGAGACAAUGCACUUCGUGAAAUCGAAAGAUUUACCUCGAAAAGAGGUGGUCUACAAGAGGCCAUAUCAACCAUUCACACCGACCGAGAGAGCCAGCGCGCUACACAACUGCAAGAAGAGGCUCACACUCUCGAGUCUGACAUUCAUGAACUGGAAACCAGGCUGUACGAGAUGAAAGCCAAACACCGGCAUCUUGUCAGCGAGAUUUCAAACGUAGAAAACUCGGUUGACGCGAAACUAUCUACCUAUACUGAGUCCAUGUCCCUCCUUGAAUCCAACAUUCGCAACUACCUUCGCAAUCCUCCCGUCCAACCCCUCGCGCGCACGAGCAACUCCAGCUUCUACUCCUUGAAUCCAAAACGCCGCACCCUUGAGAUCGCUCAAGAGCAUUGGAAAUCUGAACAGGAAGAUUUACAAAGGAGGCAGCAAGAAGUGGAUGGAGAGAUUCUGGCGCUCGAGGAGGGAGGCGGGGUGUGGAAACAAGUUAUGGCUGACGUCUCUGGAUUUGAGAAACGGCUCAGAGCCAAUAUGCGGCAUUAUAUCGAAUUACAAGAGCAAGCGACCGACCCGAAUAACGGACAGACCGAGGAUACGACGGAAGAGGUGGCGGCCAACGUUGCAGCGGAUCUAGAUAAGACAAUACGGCACCUUGAAGCGAAUUUGGAGCAGGCGAUGGACAAAGACUGGAAGCUCCUUGUCUGUUGCAUUGCGGCUGAGCUAGAAGCGCUGCGAGAAGCAAGCAAGAUGCUUCUUCCAGCCUUUGGCUUACCUGUGCCCGGCGAUGAUCCUCCGCCCGCCCAGUCGCCGUCACCGGCUGACCAGGCUCAUGAUGAACCUGCAGAUACACAUGAAGAUCCGCUGGGUAAUGACAAUCCCGAGCCACCGGCUGAUCUCCUGAAGGACGGCCAUCACACAGAUACAGCGUCCAGGUCGGAGGACGAUGAACCCGACCCGGCAUGGCUACUCCCUGGAACUUGA